UGCUUGGAGUCCUACGCUGUGAGAUAAAGCAGCAAAUGUUAGGAUAGAGUAGGUGGAUAAGCAAUGCAAUGCUUCUAAUCUCUCUUCGGAGCUGGGAAACCCUGUUUACUGUCAGAAUGUAAGGAAGGGCAGAAGGGAAAGGGGCUGGUGCUGCAAGGGGCUGGAAGGAUUUGUUUGACACAGUGCAGAAGAAAUUUGCAUUCGUGAAGAGGAGCACAGAAUCUGUUACAGUUGGAAACAACAGCCAUAACUUUGCUUACUCCAAAAAGCCAAGGAAACCCCGUUGACUGUAACCAGACUGCACAUGACCACAUGUUUAAGGUGAAGAUACACAUCAGAGCACAGCAGUGAAACAUGAGUGCAGAUGCUAUUCAGGGGGUGGUGACUACCCCUCCCCCACCCAGCAUGGGCCACAAAGACAGAUACUUCGACCGGAUCGACGAAAAUGACCCAGAGUACCUCCGUGCAAGGAACAUGUCUCCAGACCUGAGGCAAGACUUGAACAUGAUGGAUCAGAAGAAGAGAGUCACUCAGAUACUGCAGAGCCCGGCCUUCAAAGAUGAACUAGAAGGCCUAAUUCAAGAACAGAUGAAGAAGGGAAACAACCCCACAGGGCUUCUGGCAUUGCGGCAGAUAGCAGACUUAAUAAUGACCAGCUCGAUGGCAGGAUUCGCCACCUCUCCCAUCAGCCUUGGAAUGGUCACGCCCAUCAACGACCUGCAUGGAAUGGAAUCCUCCGUGUUUGUGAAAGGAGAGAAGCUGACUCGGUGUAAACUGGCCAGCUUGUACAGGCUGGUGGACCUCUUCGGCUGGGCUCACCUAGCCAGCUCCUACAUUACAGUGAGGGUUAGCAAAGAACAAGACCAUGUCCUCAUUAUUCCCAGAGGGCUGUCCUUUGCUGAAGCCACAGCUUCAAACCUGGUGAAGGUGAACAUUAUUGGGGAUGUUGUGGAUCAGGGUUGUACAAACCUGAGCAUUGACCAUGCUGGGUUCAGCCCCCACUCUGCUAUCUACUCGAUGCGCCCGGACUCCAGAUGCAUCGUACAUCUCCACACACCUGCAGCUGCAGCAGUUUCAUCUAUGAAGUGUGGCAUCCUCCCCAUCUCCCAAGAGGCACUCAUUCUUGGUGAUAUUGCCUACUUCAAUUACCAAGGAUGCCUUGAUGAAUCGGAAGAGAAAGUUGAGCUCCAAAAAGCUCUGGGUCCAUCUUGCAAGGUGCUGGUACUGAGAAACCAUGGUGUGGUCGCUCUUGGGGAAACGAUAGAGGAGGCCUUUCAUUACAUUUACACUGCCCAGUUAGCCUGUGAAAUCCAGGUAAAUGCAUUGUCGUGUUCCGGGGGAGUGGAAAACCUGAUUGUCUUGGACUUGGAGAAGUACAAGGCUGUCACUCAGGGAGUGGCGGUGGGGGGGGUCAGCAUGGGCACCCAGCAGAAAUGGAAAGUGGGAGAACUGGAGUUUGAGUCACUCAUGAGGAUGCUGGAUAACCUGGGCUACAGGACGGGCUAUGCCUACAGACACCCCAUCAUUAGAGAGAAGCCCAGGCACAAGAGCGACGUAGAGAUCCCUGCCACCUCCACUGGCUUCCUGUUCGAUGAGGACAGCGCAGCGCCACGCUCCGCUCUCAACUUCCUGGCACAGAAACAGCAGCGUGAAAAAACACGCUGGCUCAACUCUCCCAAUACCUACAUGAAGGUGAACGUGGCAGAGGAGCCCCACAACAGGGAGAGCAGUCCCAGGAAUAAGAUAACGUGGAUGAAGGCAGAUGACUGCACUAAAUCCAGCAGCGGCACUCCCAUCAAAAUUGAAGAUCCCAAUCAAUUUGUUCCUUUAAACACAAACCCCAUCGAAGUGCUGGCAAAGAGAAACAAGAUAAGAGAGCAGAAUCGAUUUGACCUCAUGACAGCCGGACCACAAUCUCAGCUCUUAUCCGGCAUAGUGGUGGAUAAGCCCUCUACACCGUAUGUGGUAUCGGAUGAGGAGCAGACUGGCCCCCUCCCUCCAAACCCUUUCACGGAGCUGAGCGAGAGAGAGAUGGAGGAGUAUAAGAAGGCAGUGAUGCUGCGACAGCAGGGAUACCAGGAUACUGAACAGGAUUUCACAUCUGAUGACGGUUCCACACUUUCACAGUCUCUGUCACAAACUCAGUCUCCUCUAAUAACUCCAGCUCCAGAAGCAGAAAACCACACAGACUCCAACCUGACCCCCCAGGGCACCCCAGCUGUGAUCGUGAAUGGGAAAGACGACCUUCAUGACGUGGAGGAGGACCUGACAAAGCGAGUGAGCCAGCUGACCACCAGCACUGUGGGGAGUGUGGAAAUCACCAUCAAACCAGCGGAGAAGAUCGAGGAGACCCUGUCUCCCGAGAGCUCUCCCUCCAAAUCACCCUCCAAGAAGAAGAAGAAAUUCCGCACGCCUUCCUUCCUCAAGAAGAACAAGAAGAAGGAGAAAGCUGAAGCUUAGGGGGAGGGAGCAUCAUUUCUUUUUUUUUUUUUUUUUUUUUAAUGAAAAUUAAAAUUAUAUGUUAAAAAAAAAAAAAAAAUGACACUGCACAUUUGAAAACAAACAAAUGUGAAAAAAAAAAUUGGUCACCUCAAGUUCACAGGUUUAUGCAUCUCUCUCUUUCGUGGGGGGUGGGAGACGGGUUGGGCGGUGAUUUCACAUGAAAGUUCAAACUGCAUUUGUAACGUGAGCGGGAAGCUAAAAUAAAUCCUGGCUACCAGGCUUGCAGGCGGUUCUACAGUCUUCCCUCCUUGAUAGCCAGGUGAAAGGGCAGAGGAAAUCAUUUUUUGCUAUCUGAAUUGUUACAUUUUGGUGGGUAAAUGCAAAAUAAAAGGGGCAGGCAUCAAAUGCUGCAUUUCAUUCACUGUAUGCAAUUCAUUAACUGCAUGCUGCCCAUCAUUUUGUUAUAUAUAGAAUAAUGCUUUUUUUGCUUCUGUUCAGAUGAUACGGUCACUUUCAGUAUUUUCAGCCAACUAGGUUCUGGAACCAUUGUUCAUUUUGUUAGGAAUUCACACCAUACAGAAUCUAUGUGACUGCCACACAGCAAGCUAACAGUUUCUUGCACCUUCUUGGGUUUUAGAAACCAGUUGAAGAUGAAUGGGGUCUGCAGAGGUGGCCCUGUAACUGCACAGCCAUACUCUAACUUCAAGACAAACUAUUAAUUCUGCACUGACUCAAAAAACACUCACCUUGAAAGACCUGUGUGGUGUUUUAUUUGGAAUGUUAAAGCACUCGUUCGUUCUAUUAGUUAAGUUUUUUUGUUUCUUGCCAAAAGAAAAAAAAAAAUCACGUUUUAGUGAAUCAUAAUCUCAAGGUUUAAUCAUUUUUAUUUUUAGAUUUUAAAUUGCAUUUAGAAAAGAAAAUAGAAGAUUAAUCUCACUGAAUCAGGACUUUUUAUUACACUUAAACCUGGUUAACAUCAAACUCUUUUAAAUUGGUUUUCUAUCUAUUUCUAUACUGUUGCGUUAAACAAAUGACCAGCAUGUAUUGCAAGAAUCUAAAGUUAUAGAACUGAUCUAGUGAUGCCUGCUUUGUGAAAUAGUAUAGUUAUGAUACAGGCAUUGUAGCUCAGAUUACUAAAAAACAUAUAUAUAGGAGUUAUAGAAAAACUGGAUUUUGUGUUUAUAGAUUUAUUAUUUUUUUUAACUUUUUACUGCACUUUUUUGUGGUAUUUAACAACUCCUUAAACGCUGGUGUUCCCUAAUGUACCCAAAAUGAAGGAAUGAGAAAUAAAUGGAAAAGUUGUGGUUGGGUGAUGAGAGGGAUAGACCAGAUGUGGUAAAUGUGGCAUAACAUUUUUGAAAGUCAAUGCUGUCAGGCUAUGGUUUGUGUCAAUAAAUAAUUGCAGCAACUAUGUGACCAGUUCCAAUGAAAAUCAGCCUACAUGGAAAGACUACCAGAACGGCAUCCUGUGUUUUUAUAUAUUAUCUGAACAGCAGGUGUUUAAAGAGCUGUAAUCCAACACAACAACCACCACCAAGCAUGUUUCAACGGCAGUUUCUCACAGUGACGGCACUGUUAAAGGAUACAAGACUGCCAACCUGGUGAAUUCAUCAUCUGGUUAUCUGACGCUUUUUUCCCCCUCUAUAUAUUCACUUACGAUUUGUAGGUGUACAAUUUAGCUGUGUUUGUUUUACUGCUUGGUUUUUGUUUUUUUUUCACAUUGGACAGUCUAGAGUUUUCAUUUUAGAGCAGUUUUUUGUUUCUCCAAACUGAAACUGAAAAAAAUAUAUAUAUAUGGAAAAAAUCUACAUUGAGCAAACAUAUUUUGGCUUGGCUGUUGUAAGCCAUGAGCAAAUGUAUACUAAUAUCCCAGCUAGCAAUGUGAAUGAGUUGCUAUGGCAGACGGGGAGUGGGCACAUUAAAGCUUUGUAUGUUGCAAAGAGGGAGGCCAGGUUUGGAUAGAUGAAAGCUGGAGGAGGUGAGAGAGAGCUUUACAAGACAGAAUCCUGCAUUAACUAAUACUGGGGGAAAAAAUACCCUAUGAUAACAACGUGCUUAAUCUCAACUGUUUAUUUGCCACUGUUUUUAUGUGUUAAACCACAUUUUUUCCCCUUGUUUGUAUUAAAAGAUAUUUUUGAAAUAGUUUUCUGAGCACUAUGCUUUAAUAACGGUUUUUAAAGCGCGUACAUUAUUUCUGAAUGGCUGCAUUGCUUACCUCCCUUUUGUUUGUUUUUUUGCACCUUGUUUUAAUAAUGUCUCUUAUUCAUUUGUUUUAAACUUAGCUUUGGCUGCUUGAGUAUGAGCCGAGUCAAUCUGUGACCUGUGGAAACUAUAUUAAUGCUUAUCUAAUUGAGUUGCUUUUAGAUGUAUUGCUAAUCUGUGUACAUUCACAAAUAAACAGUAUUUUAAGGAAUGAUUGCCAUGUUAAUCUGUGAAAUUGGGGAUGUGGUCUUGUAUUAAAGGAGAACUCAACUAA